AUGAAACCCCAUCUUAAUUCAGCUAAAGGUUUGUUAGACAAGCGAAAAUCCAUAUGGCGGAAGCAGUUUCUGACCUUUCUGACUGGUACUCUUGUUGAUGAAGAAGAGCAAAAGAUAUAUGACGACAAUAGUAAAACGCGAUUUGAAAUUGCAACUUUUCUGAUUCAACAGAAACACCCACCUGAAGCUACGAGCUUUUGGGGAAAUUUUGAGUUAGAAAGACAGUUGGCAAUAAAGAAGGAUAUUUUUGACAAAAAAUCGCAGAUUGAUGCAUUAAAUGUGCUUGAUGCUUCUCGUAGUCAAAAAAGCAAUGAAUAUAUUGGUAAAGUUAAUUCACGCGCAGAAUCUGCAGAUACAUCAUCUGGACAAAAGCGUAAAAAAAAAAAAUCUAUCCCUCUCGAAAAAGGAGUGAAUUUCUUUAAAAAUUUCUACUAUUUGUUGCAUGAGCAGGCCAAAAUCAGCAGGGAUGUUGAUCCAUUCAUAAACAAUAAUAGAGCUGAAGGAUCUACACAUUCGAAAGCUACACCAUCAUCAUUAGGUUCACAAUCCUUGGAGAUGCCAAUUGGAGCUACGGAAAUGACUAGUGAUAUAAACAAUGUUAAUAGUUCCGGGUGUGAUAUACCACGUACUCCGCCUCAUCAAAUUCACUCUACAUCUGAAAAUCAAGACUUACUUAAACGAUUAAGUCAAGAAAAACAGCGAACGAAAUCCACAUAUGAACCAAUCUGCUCAAACAUAAUUGACACAACAAACAGGCUUUUAAUGGAUAGAUUGCAAAUCAAACGCGAUUAUACAUGGGAUCCCGUCACUAAUGAGGCUACAAAAUAUAUUGAUGAAUUAAUCGAUAACUCUGAUACUCGCAAUAAAUUCCGUAGCAAACUUCAACUUCCAUUUGUUUCACCAGAUGAAACAUAUUCAUUUAGCAAACACUAUGAAAUACAUUGGGUCCAUCGUUUUGCUGACAAACUAUCAUUGUUUUUUGAAGCUCCACGAAAUCCACUCUUGGAUAAAAACUCUGAAGGUUGGCUGAAUUGUCAUGUCUUGGCUCCGUUGAUAGAUGAUUGCUUUUUGACAUGUGAGGAAAUUCAAAUUCAUCGAGGUGAAAAGAUAUCGUUGGCAUCUACUGAACGUAAAAACUUACUAAGAGAUGAUUCAGAAACAUAUGUUGACGAAGAUCAACCGAUUUCCUACAAGCAUAAAAUUUUGCGAGAAAUGAAGGAUCAAUUAGACUGUCUCUUGAAGAAGUUAAAAUUUACAAGGGAAACAAUUAAACAGAUAAAGAACAUUGUUGUACAUGGAAUAAAUCAAGGAGGUCUUAACGGAAAGAUCUAUGCAAUGUACUACGAUAAUGACCUUCAAUAUUAUUUCGUUUUUGAGACAUGUCGGUAUCGGGUUGGUACUACGUGGGGAAGUAUUCCGGAAAGCCUUAUGUCUUUAAAAGAUAUUCUGCGCUUAAAGGAAGAUAUAAACAAUGCUCUUGAUACUGUUAAGAAAAUAAAAUUAAUUGCUUUACGCACAAAGUCAGAGGAUUUAUUUACAAUAGAUAAUCUCCCAGAAACAACAGUAUCCCCCAAAAAAACUCCCAAGAAUAAAUAA